GCACAGCGAUGGUUGUAAACAAUAUGGCGGAAUGUUGUCAAAAAAAGAAAAUCUUGACUUUGUUGAGAAUUGCCUUUUCUCAAUAGCUCAAGAAUCUAAAUUUUUUGGAGCUAAAGUUAAUUUCGCUUUUCAUUUUGUACACGGAUGCGAUAAUGGCAUCAGUUUGUGCGCUUAGAUUAUUGUAGAAUUGAUGUAAGAUCUCUCAGAAAACAGCCAAAAUCAUGGGGAUCUUGGAUUUUGAAACAGUAUUUGAUGAGUUGGACAGUUCCCGUAAAGGCUACGUCACAAUAGAUCAAGUCAAAUAUUUCUUGGAAAGUAUUUUUGAGGACAUUGCUGAUGACAAGCAUGUUUAUUUGUCAGUUGAAAAGAUAUGUGGACCAGGGUCAGAAACAAUUCCAAAGGAACGGUUCUACCUCGUUCUGGAGGAGAUCGAACGACGGAAAACAUUGGAUUCAGAAGCAUACUGGGAUUUUCAAGCUUUGGACUACAGUGGAAGCGGUCUCAUAGCACUGAAAGAUGCUUUGCUGCUGUUUCAAGAGUAUCAUGCAGACCAGUUUUCCCUAGACACUUGGCAUGAAUUUCUUUGCUCAAGGGACUCUCCAGAUGCAGAUGUAUACUUUAAUGAGAUAAGGGACUGGCUCUGUGAUAUUCCAAGGAGUAGCUAUCCCAGUACAAAGAGUGAAGUGAGAAAAGAAAGAGCAUCGUUGGAGCACAGAAGGACAGAUGCAGCUUACCAAGAUUUGGAAGACAUGAAAGUGUUACUGAUGGAAUCAACACGGCCUGGACUCACUUCUGCAUGACGACGGUCUGGGCCAGACUGAAGGAGACGAGCAGAUGUCCAAGCUGAGUGACACAGUGACCACCAGCAAUGUGAUGGAGGCGCUGGACCUGAAAUAUUCUCUCCUGCAAGACAAGGUCAUCGUGGAGAUGGCUUCUUUUGCUGCCAAUAUGGACAGUGAGAAAUCUGAGACAUUUCAGCAAAUCAAACGCCUUGUCACAGCUUCAAUCAAGAGUAAAAGUCUUGCAGAGAAUGUGGAUGACUUGCCUGGAGCAAAAGUGGAACUUUCCAUGAGUCUGCUAGGCCUGAUCGGUGACCUGCACUCGGCAGAAGCAAAUCGGAAAGAAAAGUUUAAGUCUUUGGCUUCAGAGUUGCAAACUGAGGAGAGAACUGAUGAGCAAGUAGAUGCUGAGUUGGCAGAAAGAUACAAGAGAGAUGUGGCAGGCCCCCGUUCAUGUGGCGCCAUCUUAACUCAGCUGGACAUGCGGCACAAAGCAGAGAGGGAUGCAGUUCUUCACUCUCUCCAUCAGAGCUCUUCAUCUCUCCCACCCUCUGCUGUGCUAGCCCUGGCGUACUGGCAUCUGCUGCGGCAGUUGCGACUCCUUCAGUUGGAGCCGUUUGUCACAUCAGCUGCCAUUUCUGUGGGGCUCGCUGAACGAAAGCAGGAAUACAAACCUAAAAGGUAUGACUGGGACAGACAGCGUAGUGAAAUUCUGGCGAACUUACGACUGGAGUCACGAAGAGGACAUCGACCAAUCAAAAGAUCUACCGCCGCCCCAGACCUGGACAGUCUGCAGAGUCUAGCAUUAGCUGGCAUCAAGCAGAGACUUGUGGAAGAAAUGGAGCAGCGCUACUUUUUAGAGAGAGAGGCCAUGGUCUUCCUUCUGCAAGGCCCCGACAGCAAGUCAUCUUUUGAAGCAGCUGCCAAAAUGUCUCCUGAUGAGCGCAAACUUCGGAUCAGGACUUUGAGGAAUCAAAGAGAAGAGUGGAAGAUGAUGAAUAAUUCUGACUCGUCGGUGAAUCACAAACUGCUUCAAGAAGCCACUGGACUGUACUUUGAGCAAAGCCGUGCUGAUGUUGAGAGCAAGGACCACAAUGCCACUGACUCGACUGUCAUGUCGUUUGUUCUGGCUGACCUGCAGCAGAGACAAGAGGUUGAAUUUGAAAAGACUGUCAGUGAAAUUCAUAAAAAGAAUGCACAAGAAGUGACUCGGCUCGUUUUGAGUGAGAUAGAAGCCACGAAGGAGGAACACUUCAACAGCAUCGCCUACGUCAUCUUAGGUUGCGUUGACCUCAGUGCUGAAGACACAGCGUUCCUUAAGGUUUUGGAUGGGAAAUACAAGGCUCUCAGAGACCAGGUCUUUGUUUUUGGACUUGUGGAUAAAAUGGGAUCCGAGUGGAAGGGGUUGUCGAAAGAGAACAAACAGAGAGAGAUACUACGCCAAAGGAAGGAGGAGAAGAGACUGAGAGGAGAAGGGCUUCUGGAACAGAUGUCAGCCCUCAUUGGGCCUCGGUCGCAGGCUUUAGCAUUGCUGCCUACACUUGUUGGAGAAGACAAAGUAUUUCCGAACUCAUCUCCGCCUCAGACAUCGGAGUCACGCUCCAUCAAUCUGCUGGCUGACCUAGUUCCCCGCUUUGACCAGGAGCAGGAUUCUCUCGUGUCUUGGCUCCGCUCGGAGGAGGUUAAGGGGUCAACUCUGCGGAGCAAGCAUGGUCAGCUGACCAGAAUUGCUAUGGAGAAGUUUGCUGCCAGCGCUGAGAGAGAUCAUGAGACUGCGCUGCUGUUUGUGGGCCUCUUGGAAAGAAUUGGGAUGGCUCUGUCUGGCAGGUCAAAGAGUGACAGGGAAAAACAAAUUUUGCUGGCCCAGAAGAGGGCUACAUUACGGAAAAAGUGUGUCAACCAAGGGGAAAAGCAAAAACCACCACCAGAGGAAAAAGACAAGUCCAAUGAAAAUGAUGAGAGGACCAUGCAGGCUAUCUACAUGCGGGCUGUGCUGAGACGGCACUACAAGGAGCGGGAAGUCAUGCUGAAUUUGCUCCAAGACGAAGGCAUGGAGGAGCUGUUGGAGGCUGCGGCUGUGAUGUCUGUGGACCAGGGCAGGAAGAGAAUGCAGGAACUGCAGGACAAGAGAGAGAAUAUGGAUCUGGACGACAAAGCCAAUCAGGAGGAGCACACAUCCAUCCUGGAGGAAGCUGGUGCCAUCCGUUGUGCCAGCAAGAAGUUUGCGAUGGUUAUGGAUGGCGGCCGCGCUGUCCUCAUGGAUGAAGUGGUCGUACAGCUGUUGGCUGAGCUGCAGGAUCUGCAAGACCGAGACUUGGCAACAAUCUUGAACCAGCUGGGGACUCUGAAUGGCCAUGAGAUGCAAGAAAAAGCUUGGGCAGAGGAGAAGGCGAAGAAAAACAGCCACAGUCAUUUAGUCAUGAAAGUUUUCAUGAAGUUCGACGGAGGUUCCUCAGACAUUGAUUUUGAUCAAUUACUGGAUGCCAAGUACAGAAAGCUCCGAGACCACCUGAUUGAUGAGUGCCUGUCACAGAGACAAGGGAAGCUGAAGUGGGCCAAAAUGGGACAGAAGCAAAAGAACAAGCUCAUUUCCACUUUCCAAGCUAAAGAAUCUGCGUUGUGGAAUGAAGGCGACAGUGGCAGUCUGUCGGCAUGUCUGACCCCAGCCUUUACCUUGAAGCCCACCCUUCCUUACCUGAGUGGAAUGAGUCGGCAACAGUACUCGUCGGCUGUGUGGGCUGGAAGUGAAGACCCCAUUCAAGAAAAUGAAGGACUAAAUCCUGAUGACCAGGGAAAUGGAGAAACAAUAUCUUUCCUGCACAGACGCUACAUGGCUGAGGUGGACUUUGUCAAGAACUACAUCGCAGGAUGUCUGGAAAAAGUUCCGGAGGAAUCAGACAAGAAGUUACUGGAGAACAAACUCAAGUGGGAGUGUCAGCUGGUGUCUUCUGUGGGAGACUUUGUGACUGCCAGCCUUGUGUGUGGUCUAGCAGAGAGACAGAAUACAGACAGAGUCUUUAGACUGAAGUUAGACCAUGACCGCUACGGACUCCUUGCUCAGCAGCUUCUGGCAUGUAAGAGAGAACAGAUAAAGAAGUCUGCUGAUAUUGUCAAAGGAGAUGAUGUAAACAAACUCCAGGAAGCUGUCAUGACACUUCUUCACAAAAAACAUCAGGACGAGUGGAACAUUUUGUGUCAGAUGAUGGCCAGUGAUCGUUUUAAAGAAGUGAGGGAACUGGUUGCCACGGAGACACAGCAACAAAAAAGUGACAGGCUGAUGGUUCUGCAUGGCAUUCGGGAAAAAUUUGACCUCGCUGCCUCAUCAGAGCAUCAGACAAUUCUGGAGGAGGCAGUGACUGUGAAGAGAGAGAUGCGUCGCUGUCACCUCUCAGGUCAGAGUUCAUCUGGUGAGGUGGGGGACAGUGAAGUCAACGUGUCUCUCAUGGCUGAUCUCCUCAAGACCCAGCUUGUUGAAGCAGAGAUUUACCUCGGAGCGUUCUCUGCUGAGAGCAAUGAGGACUUGAUAGAAAACCAGCAAGCAAUAGCCGCAGAGCUGACCCAGAGUCAUGCGAUCAACAUUGCUGAUGUGGUCUUUGCUGCUGAAGGUCAUGACUCGGCUGACUCUCAGAACCAAGACGGACUACUGGAGGAAGCUGUGGAUGGGAAAUACGAUGCCCUCAGAGAUCAGCUGUUGAUCCAGGCUCUGAUCAAUGAGAUGGGAGAAGCGGAGUGGAAUCGUCUCUCAGAGAAGGAGCGACAACGCCGUCUGAUGGAGCUUAAGCUAAAGGAAAGACAACUCAGGAGAGAAGGGCGAUAUGAUGAAGCGGCUGCCCUUCUCGGUUCCUUGCUCAACGAUGAAGAGAAACUGAGACAACUAUUGGGUGACUCCAAGGCUGAGCAGGAACGGAAGCUGAGGGAAAGACUGGAGCGUCGGAAGAAGAGACUGGCUGAAGGAAUGACAGAAGAGGAAUGUGAUGAACUUGAAGCUGAGGAGAUUGCCAGAGAGGAAGAAGAGGAAAGAGAAAAGAAGAAAAAUAUUUUGCUGUACCUAGAACACUGUCAUGAUGAGGAGAAAGCAGCGCUACUUCGACGACUUGCUGAAAUGAAAGACGAGAGCGAGAAACAGAGACAAAAACAGCUGGAGAUGCUCAGGCUGAGGCGAGAACAGCGGCGGUUGAGAGAGGAGGACAAGUUUGACUCAGCGGCCAUGGUGCUGGGACUCUCGGAGGAAAAUGAUAAAAGACAUAAAAUGUCAAAAGAUGAAGAGCGUCAGAGACAGCAAGAUCUGGCUCGACAACGUCUGGAAGCUGCCAGACAGCGGAAGCUUCAGGGUGAGAACAUGGUGCGGGGAGAGACGAUUGUCCUGCCUGAGGGGGAGAUGGAGGACGAGUCCAAAGUGGGAGAGACGGCCCUCAGGAUGCUGGACAGAAGACACCAGCUAGAGAGGGAUCUACUCAUUAAGCUUCUAGAUGAAGGCAGUGAGUCUGAGCAGCGAGAUGAAGUCCGUGUCCUGACGGAUGAUGAGCUCAAGAUGAAGCUGCUUGCUGCUCAAGAGUUGUACGAAUUGUGGAGAAAUUCAGAUUCUGGGGAGAAGGAAGAUGGAGAGAAAAUACUAGCUGAAGUGGCAGUUCUGAGCCUUGAGGUCAAGAAGCGGGACAUGCAAGCAGAUGGAGAGCUGGCCUCGGAUGAAGAUGUCAAGGUCGCACUACUGGCGGAGCUUCAGAUGAAGCAAGAUGGAGAGGCUGCACAAAUGAUGGAAACUCUUACUACUGUGGACAAUGAACACAAGAAACAGAUUCUGAAUUCCCAAAGAAAACAGCUAGAAGAUAAACGCUAUGACAACGUAGCAGGAAUUUUGUUUACCUUCGCCAAUGAGGAAGAUAUAUUUGGGGAAGGAAAGGGAGAGGAUGAGGAAGAAAAGACAGAAGAGGAAAAAGAAGAUGAUAAGGUUGUGAAAGCCUUAGAGAAGAAGUAUGACGCAAUGAGAGACAAACUACUUAUUGAGGCUCUUAUGAAAGAAAUGGGAGAAGGUGACUGGAACAGACUUUCCGAGCUGGAACGACAGAAGAAACUUCUGGAGCUCAAGAUGAAAGAGAAAAGACUGAGGAGAGAAGGAAAAAUGGACGAAGUGGCUGCUUUGCUGGGACAGUUUUUGGAUGACAAUGAAGAGAUGCGUCGCAUGUUGGGGGAGACAGAGGAAGACCAGAAGAGACGAAUGCAGGAGAAGCUCGCCCUGAGGAGAAAGCUGAAGGAGGAGAGGGAGGCCCAGGGGCUGGCUGUUGAUGAUGAGACAUUGGAUGAACUGGUGGAGGAGGAGGAUAAGAAGAUACGCAGAAGGAAUGUGCUGGAAAAUCUGGAUCAUCAGUUUGAGGCAGAGAAAGCUGCUCUGUUGGCUGCCUUCAAAAGACAGAAUGACCAGCUGGAAAGGGAGAAAGAGAGACAGCUUGCCGUAGCCAAGUUAAAGGAACAUUCCUAA